UUGGAGGUUUGUCAUACAUGGUUGCAUUGAUGGCUACAGCCGUACGAUCGUUUUCCUAAAAUGCAGCACAAACAACAAAGCCAAUACAGUGUUGCAGUUGUUUAUUGAAGCUACCCGAAAGUGGGGCCUACCCUCACGAGUUAGAGGUGAUAAGGGAGUGGAAAAUGUUGAUGUUGCAUAUUACAUGCUUGGCCAUAGUGCCCGAGGUCCAGGAAGGGGGAGCUUCAUAACAGGGAGGAGUGUCCAUAACUCSAGAAUAGAGAGGCUAUGGCGCGAUGUGUACCAAAUAGUUCUAUCGUUAUUUUAUGACCUUUUUUCUUCGCUUGAAAAAAACAAUUAUCUCGAUCCUGACAACGAAGAUGAUCUUUUCUGUCUGCACUAUAUAUAUGGACCCAUAAUAAACGAUGCUCUGGCGAAAUUUGUGCAAUCAUGGAACAACCACAAAGUUCGCASAGCAGGUCAUAAGACACCUCUGCAACUAUUCAUAAUGGGUAUGCAGCAAAUUGGAAAUGAUCAAGGAAUAGUUGCGUCUGAAUAUUUCGAAAACCUAAAUGAGACACAGGUCGAAGACUAUGGCRUAGAUCCAUCGGGUGCACUAGCGGAGGGAAUCGAAGAUAAUGCUGUAAUAAUACCCGAGACGCAAUGCUCUCUAGCUCCAAAUCAACURGAGAUGUUUAUUAAUAGGCUAAAAAGUGAYAUACUAAGUGAUGACCCAUGRGACAUUACAGCGUAUCUACGGGCUGUGGAGGUGUUGCACGAUUUACAGAGAACGACUUCGRCCUGAUAUAUAACUACUAAAAAUAAGAUAUGAAUAUAGAAGUGCUAAUGUUAUUUAAUAAAUGUUGUCUUAUAACAGUACGAAUCAUGUCAUAUCCUACACCAUAUSAAUGUAACAUAAACAUWGUUAAAAAUUAAGGUUAUUUGCUAUUUGUCUACGUAUAAACUGAACAAUAUUUUAACAAUAUCAAAUAGAUUUCUAGUUGGUUUCGCAAUUCCUAUACACCUACUUGUGAAAACGUUGUCAUAGAAAAUGGAAGAACUAUUAGCCAUUUCGGAGUUAUGAAAUGAAUUGUAAUUUCUGUCAAAUUGAGCCAAUCGAAAAACUAACCAUAUCACUAAAAAGGCUUUAUCGACUUUAGUGUAGGUUCAAAGUUACAGAUCAUUUGGACAAAUAUUCA